UUCUGUUAUCUCCCUCUCCCUCUCUCUCUCUCUCUCUCUCUUUCUUUCUCUCUCUCUCACCUCCGAACGAUUCCAAACCGACUCAACUCAACUCGCCGAUCCGACUCGUCCGUCCGAUGGAGAAUCUGAUCUCGCUCGUGAACAAAAUACAGAGAGCAUGCACAGCCCUCGGCGAUCACGGCGAAGAGAGCGCAAUGCCGACUCUCUGGGACUCCCUCCCCGCCAUCGCCGUCGUCGGAGGCCAGAGCUCCGGUAAGUCGUCGGUGCUGGAGAGCAUUGUCGGCAAAGACUUCCUACCUCGCGGCUCCGGAAUUGUGACUCGGCGUCCGCUUGUGUUGCAGCUGCAUAAGAUCGACGAGGGAAGAGAAUACGCCGAGUUUAUGCACCUCCCGAGGAAGAGGUUCACUGAUUUUGCUGCUGUUAGACAGGAGAUAUCUGAUGAGACUGAUAGAGAGACCGGCCGGACCAAGGCGAUUUCGAGUGUGCCUAUCCAUCUUAGCAUCUACUCCCCUAAUGUUGUGAACUUGACACUAAUAGAUCUUCCUGGACUCACAAAGGUAGCUGUAGAGGGUCAGGCAGAUAGCAUAGUGCAGGACAUUGAGAACAUGGUUAGGGGCUUCAUUGAGAAGCCCAACUGUAUCAUCCUGGCUAUUUCCCCUGCCAACCAAGAUCUUGCUACGUCUGAUGCAAUUAAGAUCUCUCGUGAAGUAGAUCCCAAAGGUGAGAGGACAUUUGGAGUUCUCACAAAGAUUGAUCUUAUGGACCAGGGUACAAAUGCAGUUGAUAUUUUGGAAGGAAGAUCAUAUAGACUUCAGUUCCCUUGGAUUGGUGUUGUGAAUCGCUCCCAAGCUGAUAUAAACAAGAGUGUUGAUAUGAUUGCUGCUAGGCGCAGGGAGCGUGAAUAUUUUGCUAAUAGCCCCGAGUACAAGCAUCUUGCGAGUAAGAUGGGAUCUGAGCAUUUAGGAAGGGUGCUGUCUAAGCAUUUGGAAGUUGUCAUCAAGUCCCGAAUUCCAGGCCUUCAGUCUCUUAUCAGCAAAACUAUUGGUGAGCUAGAGGCAGAACUAAGCCGACUUGGGAAGCCCAUUGCUUCUGAUACUGGUGGAAAGUUGUAUGUAAUCAUGGAAAUCUCUCGUACUUUCGAUCAGAUAUUCAAAGAACAUCUUGAUGGCGUGCGCUCUGGUGGUGAUAAAGUUUAUGGUGUGUUUGACAAUCAAUUUCCAGCUGCUUUGAAGAGAUUGCAAUUUGACAAGUAUCUUUCAAUGGAAAACAUUCGAAAGCUAAUUACUGAGGCAGAUGGAUAUCAACCUCAUUUAAUUGCUCCUGAACAAGGAUACCGUCGCCUCAUUGAAUCUUCAUUAGUAUGCAUCAAAGGUCCUGCAGAGGCGGCUGUUGAUGCUGUUCAUGCCAUAUUGAAGGAGCUGGCUCAGAAGUCUAUCAAUGCAACCUCAGAAUUAAAGCAGUAUCCCACUUUAAGAGUGGAAGUUGGGAAUGCAGCAUUUGAAUCGCUGGAUAGGAUGAAAGAAGAGAGCAAGAAAGCAACUAUGCAGCUAGUUGAUAUGGAGUGUGGUUACCUCACUGUUGAAUUUUUCCGCAAGCUUCCUCAGGAUAUUGAAAAGGGGGGAAAUCCAACACACUCACUUUUCGACAGAUAUAACGAUUCCUACCUCCGGCGGGUUGGAAGCAAUGUGUUAAACUAUGUGAACAUGGUGUGCUCAAGUUUAAGGAUUGCUAUUCCAAAGUCUAUUGUCUACUGUCAAGUACGAGAAGCCAAACGCAGCUUACUCGAUCAUUUUUUUGCUGAGCUGGGUUCAAAAGAGACAAGACAGUUGUCUAAGAUGUUGGAUGAGGAUCCAGCAGUCAUGCAGCGUCGUACCAGCCUUGCAAAGAGGCUAGAGCUGUACAGAAGUGCUCAGGCAGAGAUUGAUGCAGUUGCUUGGUCCAAGUAGUAAGUUGGGGCAAUCAAGUGAUUUCUCAAUUCCUUAGGAUGAUGGGAGAUAGAAUUUAGUAAUAGAGUAGCAGUGACACUCUUUUGAUUCAUGAUUACCAAUUCUUCCUGCAUUACCAUUAUGUAAGAGUGACGUUAGUGGGUUAGCUUUUUUGUCAAGGCAUCGUGAGCUAGCAAACUUCUGUGUCAUCGUUAAAGAAAAUCAGCUCGAUCUGUUUGGAUCCACUAUUUGGUUUUGUUCCCA